CCGGUGAUACGACGUGUCGUAAAAUAAGAGUUACUAACAGCAAAACCGAGAUGGACACCACCAAAGAUGUUUGACAGUUUCUGUCUUUAUCCUUAUUUGUUAUCCGAAAUGUUUAUCUAGUGACGCCAGGCUUGGACCGGUUAUGAAAAUGGAGGCCAUGGAAGAUGAUAGUUUGGACAUAAAAGACGACCAUAACCACAACUAUUGUGCGAGCAGCAGUAGUAAAGUCCGCACGUAUCUGACAAGCCAGUUGUCGGUCCCGCAGCCCGUGUGUCUACCGGUGCCGGGAGGAGAACCUUUGACUCGACGAGCAAAAGUGUGGUCAGGCAGCACCGGGGGGUCAAAGUUCAUGGACUCGGAUUCAGGCAGUGAGAGCAGCGAAGUCAGCGAGACUGACUGCACGGCUCCGCCAGUCGCUGUCGAGGGAAAAUUCACCCUCGAUUCUACUUCCAAGUUCCUUCUGAAUGCAAUGGCUGUAGAAGACUACCGAAAAAACCACUGGCCAAACCUGGAGAAGGCAAUCGACCGUUUGUUGAUUCAAAAUCCCACAGACCACAUCUCUGUUUCUUAUGCACAGAUAUACAGUUACGUCUACAAGUGUGUUUGUCAGCAGCACUCUGAGCUGCUCUACAAUGAUUUGACAUUAAAAAUAACAAGUCAUCUGCAACAGGUUUCCUCCCAUCUACAAGCCAGCCCGCCUGAGAUCUUCAUUGAGAACUUCAACGUUGCGCUGACACAAUACACGGCUUCUCUUCAAUGUAUAGUUCCUGUAUUUAUGUACUUGAACAAGUUCUACAUCGAGUCAAAACUGAACAGAGACCUAAGAGAGGAUCUGAUGAAGCUGUUUGCUGAUCACGUUGCAGAAAAACAUGUGAACACACUGAUGCCUCUUCUCAUCAAAGCUCAUUCCAUGCCCUUUCAAGUGCAGCCAUCUACAAUGGCCAGUGUGGUUAAAGGCCUCUACAGCCUCCGACCAGAUUUGGCCCAGUCAGCCCCGGCUCUCUUCUCUGGGUUUAUUCCCCAAAUCAACCCUCCUGCUGUGGAGUCUCUGCUGCCCGACUACGCCGCUCGUGACCAGAAGUUACAGAUGGAGCUCUCCAUGAACGGAUUCCCACGAGGCGACCAGUCUCGCAAACGGGCCAGCGAUGACUCCUGAUAGCAGAGCCGCCGUCACUAGACUUGUUGCAGAACUAUUACUGUGCCUCCCGCAUCUUUAUCACAAGUUGGCUUACUGCACUGGGUACAAUGUUGACAAUGUGUCAGUUUCAUCUCUGUCGACUCAAGGUCACAAAACACUGUGAACAACAAAGAGAACACGAUGUUGAGUUGCUGAGCAGAAGCUUAAUCUCACUGCACUAAAAAAAAAAAAAAAGCACACAGACUUCCAUUAUGGUGCUUUCCUCUGUGAUUAUGAUGCAUCCAGCUUCCGUAUUCGUGGGAUGCUGCUCUGUGCGCUGAGAUGGUUUUCCUUACGUUCUCCUCAUUUGAAGAGUGCCUUCAGUGGUGUGUGUUCUGAUCGGAUAUCCUAGCGAGGGAUAGGCUGAUGAUGGGUAUUUCAUUCCUAACCUUUAACAUUGAAGUGUCUUUUUUUGAUAGACCGGGCUAAUCAAGACUUUCUAUUGCUGCUAAUAAUACUAUCCAUGUGAUGAUACUACAAAUCCCACGGUUUCACCCACUGUGUCUGUAGCCCAGUGGCUUCACUCAACACAAAUGAGUGUGGAAAGAAAUGAGAACAAGGGGAACUAAGUCGUUGAUCUCUUCUUCAUGUUGCCUUUACUGUGUUGGUAAACCGGAUUGUAUUUUCCUGUUACGCCAAAGAGGAUUUGCAGUACUUGUGUUUUUUUUUUCUUUUCUUUAUAUAUAAUGCAUUGGAUUUGAGCUGAGUUAAUGUUGUAUGCUGUCUGAGUCACUGAGCCAUUUAAUUUUUUUUAUACUAACAAGUUUUGAGCAUUGGUUGACCCGUUUGUUUGUUAGGCUCGAGUCAAAUUCUUACUUUAAAUGUCACUUGUCUGUUUUAGCCUUGCAUGUAGGAUUGGCAGGGAUUGCCAUGUAAGACAUCGCACUGUUUGUCAGACAGCUUAGACAACUUUUCUAAUUUCACUUCAGUUUGUUUGACAACUUACCUAAAUCGUCCCAACUGUAAAUAUAUCGAACCUGAUGCCUGAUGGAUUUUACAAAAUUAAUGAUAUGCAAAUAUUGUUUGGCCUGAGUCUGGCGUACUCGUGCAUUAAAUGUUCCUAUCAUGUAUAAGCCUGUUUAUGAUGCAAAUGUUUUUUGUGUUUUUGCAUAGUGGUCAGUAUGUAUUAGCUUUUGUCAAAGAUGCAUUUUUGUUAAAUGAUUCAAUUGAAAAGAAGUAUUUCAUACAAGGUCUUACACUGUUUUAAGUGUAAAUAGAUGCUCAGGCUUGCUUUUCAUUUCUGUCUGUGGGUCUUGGAAAUGGUUCUCAUUGGCUUUCAAAUAAACUAAUUUCAUUAAUCAUGGGAUAUAGAGAUGAUUUUUUUUCAAUGUUUAAGAUUUAAAGGCAUUAUAAUAAAUCCAAUGAAGUAGAAGAAAAUCAGAGUCAUUGCAGAUGCCACACACUGGAUGUACUAUGUCAACUUGCUGAGAUUAUAUCACUUUUUCUCUACCGUUCUGCAAAAAAAUAUCCAUGUUAAAACAACUGUGAAUAAAAUUCCACUUGGCUCAAAUGCUGUUUCAGAAA